AUGGCUUCAGAUAGGGCUAGGAAGCUUAUCAGUUUAGCUCUUAAUACAGAACAACAUGGCGAUUCUCUUACUACGCGUCAAGAAUUAUUGCUUAAUAAGGGAAAUACCAUUAUUAACAAUAAUUUUGAUGCUGAUCAGAAUAGUAGAUACACGAAUACAUUAAACAAUGUUAUCAAUAUGAUGGACAAUCCUACUGAAUCUAGUUUAAAUGUACCGUUAGAAGAUUACAUUGAACAUUACUCGCUAGUAGAAAAUGCACAGAUUGAAAUAGUUGAUGUUCCUGAUUUUUUACUACAUUUGACGGUUUACGAUUCAUCGAUGCGAGAAAAUUUUAAUGAUACUUAUAUAGAAAACUGCGAUUUAAUAUCCAAUUUUAGUGAUAAUUUUGGAGAUCCUAAAUUAGUUCCAUACUCAUCAAGUUCAGAAAACGAUAGCGAUACUUCCUUGCCUGAGAAGAGUAAAUUCAGUAAAAGACGAACUCAAGUAAAUAAAAAUACCUGGUUUGCAGAAAAAAAUAAAAAAUUGCGCGAAAAAGGCUCUCAAUAUUAUGGCAAAAUUAAAAAAAAUUCUAAAUGGGUCUAUGAAAGUUUAAGAGAACCAAAGCGUUUAAAAGACAGAUGCAAAUGUAGCAGAAAAACAGGCAUAAUCAAGUGUGGCAUUAUAAAAGAUGAAGAAAGAAUGAAACUAUUCAACCAAUUUUGGAAAACAUAUACAUGGGGAGAGAAGAAAAUAUUUGUUAAUGAUACUGUUCAAUCAGCUCAGCCGAAAACUGUCUGA